AUGGAUCAACAACAAUUAAGAAGAAUUCAAGCUAUCUCUAGUCACCUCACUGCCAAUAGUGAAUUAGAAGCAUGCCCAACAUCAGCUACAUCACUCCCAGAAUUAGCGAUUAGAGCACAAACACAAAGAAAUGCACUCAACACCAAGACACUCAAAGGUUUAGAGGAAUUAAAGACUCUUAUUGGAAAGGAUAUUGGUAUUAGUGAUUACUUGAAGAUUACUCAAGACAGAGUCAAUGAUUUUGCUGCUGCCACUGGUGAUUUCCAAUGGAUUCAUGUUGACCCAGAAAGAGCCAAAGAAGAAUCUCCAUUUGGAGGUCCAAUUGCACAUGGAUUUUUAACAUUAUCAUUGGCACCAAUGUUUGCUGAAGAGAUUAUGCCAAAUGUUGAAGGUGUCAAAUAUGGAGUAAACAUGGGAUUCAACAAGGUUAGAUUCCUUUCACCAGUUCCAAUCGGUGCCAAGGUUAGAUGUAAAUUCACUCUUCAAGAUCUCCAAGAGGUCACUGGUGGUGCUCAAGCUGUCAUCAAAUUAACAUUCGAAGUAGAGGACAGUCAAAAGCCAGCUGCUAUUUGUGAAUGGUUGAUUCGUUAUUAUUCAGCAACAAGUUACAAGUACAAUCAAUAUUCAACUACAUCACAACGUUGGUUACUCUGUGCUGAGUUGUCAGGUAACUAUUAA